UUCAAGGGUCAACAACUGUGGCCGACUCACGACGUCCAGGUUCACCACCUUUAGCUUAACGAAAUGCGCACCUCGCUAUCGCUUCUUUUAUUUCCCAAUUCCCAAUUUGAGUCUCAUCGUCCAUUCCCCAAACUCGAACCCUAAUAAUGAACCUUUCCUUUUUCCCCCUUCCAUUUCCCUUUCUCUUCUUCAUCUUCAACCUCGUCUCCGCCUGCCAUGUCGCCGACCGAAACGCUCUUCUUGCUUUCAAAUCCGCCAUUACUGCCGACCCCUCCGGCAUUCUAACCUCAUGGAAGCCCGCCCUCGACUGCUGCACUUGGGCCGGAGUCACUUGCAACAUCCCCAAUCGCGUCACCAGUCUCAGCCUCUACGGCCAACCCGACCGCCCCAACGCCUUCCUCUCCGGCACCAUCUCCAACUCUCUCUCCAGCCUCCCUUACUUGGACGGAAUCUACCUUGUCAACCUUCGAAACAUUUCAGGCCCUUUUCCACUUUCUCUCUUCAAACUCCCCAAACUCCUCUUCGUCUACAUCGAGAACAACAAGCUUUCAGGUCAAUUACCGGCCGCAAUCGGAAAUAUGACCCAGCUAGAGGCACUCAGUGUUGAAGGUAACAGAUUCACUGGUCCGAUCCCUAGUUCAAUUUCCAAAUUGACUCGCCUCACUCAGCUUAAACUCGGUAGCAAUCUUCUCACUGGAUCCAUACCGAUUGGAAUCCAGCACCUCAAGAGUCUGACAUUCCUCAGCCUCGAACGGAAUCGGUUCACCGGUUCUGUUCCGGAUAUUUGGGGAUCCUUUCCGGAGUUGAGGAUUCUCAGACUUUCACACAAUAAACUCACCGGCAUAAUUCCGCAUACAAUUUCAUCUCUGGCUCCGAAGCUUAAUUAUCUAGAGUUGGGGCACAAUUUGAUAACAGGGAAUAUCCCUGAUUUUCUCGGAAAUUUUAGGGCACUGGAUACACUCGAUCUCUCCUCCAAUUACAUCUCUGGAGUUGUGCCGAAAAGCUUCAGGAAUUUGACGAAAAUAUUCAAUCUGGAUCUGUCUCGGAAUUCGCUGGUGGAUCCGUUCCCGGAGUUGUUUGUGAAAGGGAUUGAGUCGUUGGACUUGUCGUACAACAAAUUUCAUCUCGGGAAAAUUCCGAAAUGGGUGACAUCGUCGCCGAUAAUAUACUCUCUGAAAUUGGCGAAAUGUGGGAUCAAAAUGAAGAUGGACGAUUGGAAGCCGACUCAAACGUAUUUCUACGAUUACAUUGAUGUAUCGGAGAACGAGAUUUCGGGGAGUCCGGUGGGAUUGUUGAACCGGACGGAUUACUUGGUCGGAUUUUGGGCGGCCGGAAACAAGUUGAAUUUUAAGCUGCAAGAUUUGAGGAUAGUGAAGAGAUUGAAGUAUUUGGAUUUGUCGAGGAAUUUGGUGUCCGGUAAAGUACCCGGCGGCGUGGUGGGGCUGGAAAAAUUGAACGUCAGCUACAAUCAUUUGUGCGGGCGACUUCCGGCGACUAAGUUCCCGGCGACGUCGUUUUUGGGAAAUGAUUGCUUGUGUGGGCCGCCGCUACCGCCCUGCAAAUGAGCGAGAAUCAUGAGGCCUCUUUCGGUGCCCUCACCCUCGGUGGAUGAAACGACAACGACGACUGUGGAAUUCAAAUCCGACACGUAGUUUUCAUAUUAACGUGCCUCACUUCGCCAACCGCACCGAAUGCGUUAAAGGCGCAUUUUGAGAUUAUGUGGGGGCACAUAUUAGAAGCCUAAUCAGCAUUAUCUCAAUAAUAACAAUUCAAAAUCUCAUUAUUAUUAUAAAUACAAUCUUUUGUGAUAGUGUUGUUAUAAUAAAUCUUACAAAAUUAGAAU